AUGCUCACAAUCGCGUACGCCGGCGAUGACGAGGUUAUUGGCAACACCUUAGUGGGAGUGAACGAGGUUCCCAAAAACGACUCUCAAGCCGCCAAGAACGCCGUCGGCGAUCCCAGUGGCGUCGUCUACAUGAAUCUGCGCAUUUACCAGGAUGACGACAACAAGCCCAAGUGGGUCAAGUACACGGUGAAUACCAUGCGAAUGACAGGCGAGAUGCCGCCGACCAAGACGCACGUGCACAAGGGGAAGAAGGGGACGAAUGGCGACGUGCUCCUGGACCUGCCGUGCAAAUACGUGAAGACGGGCAGCAACGAGUGGCACUGCGAGGGCUCCCUUGGGAAGAACAAGGCUGAUCGAACGGAUUCACUGCUGUCGGCUCUCCAGAAGCUCGUUAACCGCCCCAAUAAGUACUAUGGGAAUAUUCACACGAAACGGUAUCCUGACGGCGCCGUUCGUGGUCAGUUAUGGAAUGUGUAG